AUGCUGCAACUCGCCGCAGCUGCAGCUUUGAUAGGUGCUGCCUAUGCACAGAACUCGUCGCUGCCUACUGUCGAUCUUGGCUACGAGAUUUACCAGGCUUCAGGUUUCAACGAUACCGGCAACUUCUACAACUUCUCCAACAUACGAUAUGCUGCUCCGCCCGUUGGCAACCUGAGGUUUGCACCGCCUCAGGCUCCAGCAGAAAACAGAUCAACCAUCAACACUGGCAGUGUAUCGAGAAUAUGUCCCCAGGCUUCCCCAGGCUGGAAUGCACUUGCGGCCCAGUCUUUGACCAGAUAUGUGCUCGGUCUUCCUACUUCUAACUCAUCGUACUCGACACCGGGGGCGAACGCUAGCAGCCCAGUUCCAGUCCCGGAUCCCCGCGAGUCUGAAGAUUGUUUAUUUCUGGAUGUCUUCGUUCCCGAGGACGUGCUAAGCAAAGCUGGGCAAGGCUAUGGGGCUCCCGUUCUGGUGUGGGUCUACGGAGGCGGCUAUACAGGAGGCGAGAAAAACAAUAACCCAGCAGGGCUACUUGCUGCGUCCGGCAACUCAACCAAUGGCGACGUCAUUUAUGUUGCAAUGAACUACCGUCUUGGCGCUAUGGGCUGGAUGGGUGGUCCUUCGUAUCAAGCGGAAGGAGGUGUUUCAAACCUAGGUUUAUACGAUCAGCGAUUUGCGCUUGAGUGGGUUCAGGAGAACAUCCACCUCUUUGGAGGUGACAAGAACCGAGUCACUGUCUUUGGAGAAAGUGCUGGAGGUGGAUCGAUUAUGCAUCAAAUUACUGCAUAUGGCGGUGCUAAUGGAUCGGCUCCUUUCCAACAGGCCGUUCCGCAGAGCCCGGGAUGGCAGCCUACAACUUCUGUUGUUACGCAGGAGGACGUCUACCAGAGGUUCCUUAAGCUUACCAACACUACGUCUCUCGCAGAGCUGCGUGCUCUUCCAUCUGAAGAGAUUAUACGUGCGAGUGCUCAGCAGAUCAUCUAUGAUUCUCCGUAUGGCACUUUCACCUACGGACCAGUAGUGGACGGUCUCUUCGCUCCUCUACAGCCCGCUCAACUGUUAGCUCAAGGCCGGUUCGACAAGGACGUACGCGUAAUGGUCGGCCAUAAUGCUAACGAAGGAGCACUUUUUACUCCUUUCUAUCUUCCAAACGAGGAUGCACUGGAAGACCAGAUCUCAAGCGCAUUCGCAAAUGCCCCAAAGUCGUCCGUGGACUACAUUGUUAAUACCCUCUACCCUCCGGUGUUCGAUGGCUCACUGGGCUACACCAACAACUUUGAGCGCGGCAGCCUCAUCGUUAGUGAGGGUGUCUUCACAUGCAACACCAACUACCUCUCCAGAGCCUAUGGAAACAAGACAUACUCGUAUCUCUUUGCGAUCCCUCCGGCUAUACAUGGCCAAGAUGUUGCGUACACGUACUUCCAGGGAGGCGCUGCUUCUACUUCGCCGACUGGCGUUACUAACACGACCAUUGCCAUCGCUCUGCAAGAGUUCAUCACUAGCUUCGCUGAGAAUGGCGUACCAGACGCCAUGGGCGUAAAGCAAUUCAACAUGUACGGUCCCGACGCUACGGUUCUGGAGCUCAAUGUCACGGGCAUUGAGGAUGUACGCGACAGCAACGCGAACGCGCGGUGUGCAUGGUGGCAGAAGGCGCUGUACUAA